CCUUUCAUUCGCACAGUUCUAAUCGGGCUCGGACGCCAUUUUGGUACACCCUGACCCUGCAGAGGGGUCCUUCAGUUUUGGGUACAGUGGGGAUAUUAAAAGAGAGCGAACGAUAAAUUGCCGUUGUGACACAAUCUCGGAAUAAAGGUUUUUUUUGUAUGGCAUCUAACAAUGCCCGCAUGUGCUGCCAUUAACUGCACAAGCCGACAAACGCGUGGAUGUGGAAAGUCCUUUCACCGAUUUCCACAUGGACGACCGGAGAUUCUGAAAAAAUGGGUUAUGAAUAUGAGGCGUGAUACAUUUAAACCUUCCUCUACAGCAGUGCUGUGUUCAGAUCACUUUGAAGAGUUCUGUUUUGACCGAACUGGUCAGACGAUUCGACUGAGGGUAGAUGCUGUGCCAACGUUUUUUUUCUUUCCUGGGAUAUCAAGAAAGGAUAGAAAGACACAGAACCCAGCUCCAGUGUUUGAGGAUUGCUAUGAGCAGUUUUCUUUCCCACCUACCUCAGUCCCAGAACAGAUAGCCACACAAAACGUGGUUGAAAAACGGGUUACAUUGGAGCACGACUAUUGUAUUAUGGACAGCCCAAAGGCUCUGAAAAAACGGCUCGAUGAAGCUUUAAGCACCCUUCACAAUGUGAAAAGGAGACUGAAGAUCACCCAACAAAAGUUCAGGAGGCUAAAAUUCAAAGUACAGUCUCUUGAUCUAUCUGAAGAUCCUGUGUAAGGGAAAACAGACUUUAAGAUACUUUU